AAUUCAUUACAACGCUAAAAAGUCCAAGAUGAAAUCUAUUAAAUGUGCAAUGAGUAAUAAAAAAAAUUAUCCCUAGCUUCCAUAUGUUUUCCUGCAGUGCCCCGGCUGUACUCUGGUCAGCUUCAGGUCCAGCUGCUGGUCCGGCCUCCCGAGGUACAGUAAAUAUGGACAAAGUGACCAACCGCCUUUCAGUCAAUCCAAGCAGGCGCCAUAGGAUGGCAGUGGUGGAACGGCUCUAACGCCACAGCUGCCUUAAAACGGAAAGAAGAAGAAUUCGUCAUUUCCGAUACUUUUAAAAUAUUUGGAUCACGCAGGAAAGCGAGAAGCACAGACGUAGCUGUUCGGUGUCCGGUCCUGAUCCAAUGUCCCGCAUUCUGAACGGUAUUGUGGCGGUGUGUCCUGACCUGGGUAUCGGGAACAAUGGAAAGCUGCCAUGGCAUCCUGUUAGACUGAGUAACGAAUUUAAACACUUCAGGACGAUGACAGAAACUCCAUCUGCGAAAGGCAAACAGAAUGUGGUGAUCAUGGGCAGGAAAACGUGGUUUUCCAUCCCAGAGAAAAACAGACCUCUAAACAACAGGAUCAACAUCGUCCUCAGUAGGCAAUGCAAAGCGCCCCCUGCAGGUGCGCACCACCUGGUGGCAGACUUUAACUCUGCUCUCAGGCUGGUUGACACAGACCUAGCAGAUCAGGCUGACCAGGUCUGGAUUAUAGGAGGCAGCUCUCUCUAUAAGGAGUUAAUGGAGAGCUCGGGGACCAGAAGACUGUUCAUCACACAAAUCCUGAAGCAGUUUGAGUGUGACACAUUCUUUCCUGAAAUCAGUCCAGAUAAAUUUCGCCUGCUGCCAAAGUAAGAUCAGUACACAUGUUAACCACUAAGUAAUUUUUUUAGCCUUAUGUCCCUGUCUUUUUAAUCUUGUUCAUGCUGUAAAAUUGUGUUGUGAUAAAGAUCUUGACCCUCAGUG